UCUAUUUCUGAACCAGGGUUAGGGUUUCUCGGUGACUCAGGGCUAUACUCUGUAGGUUUUUAAAGCAACUCGCUUUUUCAACUUCCGUCUCUGAUCUCUUAUCACUCUCUCUCCCUCUCCCCUAACCUCGUCAAGCAGCUACAAUGGCCGUUACCUUCUCAGAUCUACACACAGAGCAGGGUGUCAAAUCCGUGGAGGAGCACCUCGCCGGAAAAACCUACAUCUCCGGAGAUCAGUUGUCUGUGGAUGAUGUGAAGGUAUACGCUGCCAUCGUGGAGAAACCGAGCGAUGCCUUCCCUAAUGCUAGCAAGUGGUACGAUUCCGUCGCGUCCCACCUUGCUAAAAGUUUCCCUGGUAAGGCCGUAGGAGUUUCAAUCGGUGGCUCUGCUGCUUCUGCUCCUGCUCAAGCUGAGGCACCUGCAGCUGUAGCUGAUGAUGAUGAUGACAUGGAUCUGUUUGGUGACGAGACCGAGGAGGAAAAGAAAGCCGCAGAGGAGAGGGAGGCUUCUAAGAAGGACACCAAGAAGCCCAAAGAGAGUGGAAAGUCAUCUGUGCUCAUGGAGGUCAAGCCAUGGGAUGACGAGACUGACAUGAAGAAACUUGAGGAGUGUGUCCGCGCUGUUGAGAUGCCUGGUCUUCUAUGGGGAGCUUCAAAACUGGUUCCAGUUGGUUACGGGAUCAAGAAGCUCACUAUCAUGCUCACAAUUGUUGAUGACCUCGUCUCCCCAGACAAUCUCAUCGAAGACUACCUCACCUGUGAGCCUAACAACGAGUACAUCCAGAGUGUUGACAUCGUCGCAUUCAACAAGAUCUAGAGACUUUUAAGUUGUCUCCCUACCAAAAGAUACUUGAUUUCCUUCCAAGUUUUGUUCUUUUUUUUUGUGUUGUUUUGCUUGAGAUGUUUAUUUUCUAGUUGCAAGACCUCUUUCUAUGUUGCAAGAAACAUAAACUAUCAACGCUUACUAUUCGGUC